AUGGAUCUAUCCUCAUUAGAAGGCCCGCCAAUCGAUGACCCGAGGGUGGUCAUUACACCCGACCCCAUCGAUGGCCUUGUUCAUCUGCGGUCGCCUACCAUAGAUUCAAAUACAAACCCCAGUCGGCUAUGGAGGUCUCUACCACCGAGACCAACCUCCAGAGGUUCCUCCUCAUCAUAUGAGCGCCCGGCAGCAAACAAUAACAAUAAUAAUAACAACAACAACAAUGGCCAUGACCAUUCCUAUCGCCAUAAUUACCGACCAUCCAUCCCUCGGACCGAAACCUCUCUCAGCGAGGGCCAGCUCCGCAGGACACACGCCCAAAGGGGUAGGAGGAGCCCAUCACCCGAGAUAGACAUGGACAUCGACCUGCAUAUGCAACUUCGCAUCGACUCAGAGUCUCGAGUCCCGAGAUUUAACCAGCGACCCCGAUCACCGAUGCGGGACCUGAUACCUCUACCUCUAUUAAGCGCCGAUGUCCCAUCAUCAUCCACCCGGCAGCAAGAACGUGGUCGACGGACGCAGAGUUGCUGCCCACUUGUCUGGGUCGAAUCGGAGCAGCAGUGGAUAGUUAGUGAAUCGUAUCGCCAACAGCAGCUGCAGCUGCAGCAGCAGCAGGAGGAAGAGCCUCAUAUGGAACAGAGUCGAGCGCCGGACUCCAUUUUUCAUCGAACACCGCUGUCAGACCCGUUCUUGGGUCUCAGGCUUGGGUUCUGGUUUCGAUGUCUGGGAUGGAGCUGA